UGUAACCCCGAUAAAACCCAAUCUGGUGAGUAGCGGAUCAGUUCUCUUCGUCGACGAACAAGCAUUCCACACUCCGUCGGACGCCGUCCACCGUUGCCACUUGCCAGCCCUGCGCGGUUGUUCUCGGGCAAGCGGUGAAGAAGGUUGAACUUUAGGGCUUUCUCUACUCCCAACCUCCGGAAACUGCAACAGCUACUCACUGAUGCUUACUGACUGAAAUCUCAUUCGGGCUUGACUGAUGCUCUGAUCCCCAAUACUUUCAGUUUCUUCCACAACAGCAGCAGCCGCAGUCACCAUUUCAUAAAUGGAGGCUCUGUACUCCAAGCUCUAUGACAAGUAUACCAAGCUAAAGGCUAAGAAACUGUCUGAGUUUGAUCAGAUAAAUAAAGAUCAAGAAGUUAAAUUUAUGAAGUUUAUGUCUGCUGCAGAGGAGUUGAUAGAGCACUUGAAGAGCGAAAAUAACCAGUUGCAUGAACAAAUAAGUGGUUUGAGAAGUGAAGUGGCUUCAAUAAGGCUUGCCAAAGACAAAGAGGUGUCUGAUUAUCAAAGGCUUGUAAUGGAGGAGAGCAAGAAAAAUGAGGUUCUUAUUGAAGAAAUUGGGAAAUUCCAAAAGCUACAUCAGGAUGGAAAUUCUGGUAACUUGAAGCAAAACAAUAAUAAAAUGCGUGAAGGUGAUGAACUCCAUUCUAUAUCCAAUACCUCAUCUGUAAGAAAGACUAGAAAACGUACUAGGCAUGAUGCAUUAGAAGAAAUAGAUAGGUCUAUACCAUGUGGAAAAGCUGAAGACAAUUCUGUGGCGGGAGACUCAGCAACACAAAACUUAUGUAAUGAGACUGCCAUUGGUGAGCUGAUGUGUGGUUCUGGGGCAAGUGACCAAUCAGGUGCUAAUUUGCAGGAAAGAAACUGGCUAGUUCAAGCCCUUUUUGAGCAUGUCCUGGGCAUGAAAUUAUCCACUGACUAUCAAACUGGACGAGUAUGCAUUUCAGCCAUCCAUCAAUCAAGCGGUUACUCUUUCUGUUUAACUUGGGUAAGCAAGGCUCCUGGAGAGGAAGCAGAGCUGCUGUACCAUGUUUUAUCUCUGGGCACAUUUGAAAGAGUAGCACCAGAAUGGAUGAGAGAGGAUAUCAUGUUCAGCACCAGCAUGUGCCCCAUCUUCUUUGAAAGGGUCUCUCGUGUUAUCAAUCUAUGCGACUAAAUAUGGGGCUUUGUGGGUCAUAUCUGCACAGUUUAACCGUAGUUUUUGGAUGUUGACUUAAUGUAAAACAGUGGGCUUAGAACCUAUCUGAGUCUUACUUGUAUGAUACUUCAUUUUCCAGUUUAACAGUUGCUCCUUGGAUGUUGACUUAAUGUAAAAUAGUGGGCUUAGAACCUAUCUGAGUCUUACCUGUAUGGUGCUUAAGUUACCAGUUUAACAGUUGUACCUUGAAUGUUGACUUGAUGUAAAAUGUUUGGCUUAGAACCUAUCUGAGUCUUACCUGUAUGAUGCUUAAGUUAGCAGUUUAACAAUUGUACCUUGAAUGUUGACUUGAUGUAAAAUGUUUGGCUUAGAACCUAUCUGAGCCUUACCUUUAUGGCUGUAUGAAACUUAAUAUAUUCACUGAUUCUGAAGUAAA